CAGAUCUGGUCUGUAUCGAACACAUAACCACCAAAACAAUACUGCACGUGUAUACACGGAUGUUAACUUUGCAUAUUUAUAAGAGGAUGUAAAAACAUGAGUAGAUAUAACCUCAAUGUUCCCCGUGAAGUUCAUAAAUGUCUUACAAAAGCGAUAGACACAACAAGGAAGGAAAUCUAGAGCCCAUCCACUGCUUGUGAAAUGAAAUACUCGUGUCCUAGACUGAUACUCCUACUCCUGGCUGUUGGAUCAGUAGCCGUUCAGAUGUUAAAAACUUCCCAAAAACAUUGCACAAGCAAUCCUGUCUGUCUCUGUAUUCCAACAGGAAAAAGCACAUACACAGCGGAUUGUUCCUACCUGGGACUGAAGCAAGUACCCCGAACCCGACCGGAUGUAGUCAUUCUACAACUGCAACACAACAACGUCACGAGUCUGUCGUCCUCCUUCAGUUCCACACUCAUUCAUCUCGAUCUCUCUUAUAACCAAAUUCAUAAUUUCGCAGAUGAUGUGUUCCUCAACUUAACAAGACUAACAACACUGAAUCUGGAAGGAAAUAAACUACAACUGGACGAAAACAUAUAUCAACCAUCUGUCUUCCAAGACCUGAAAGCUUUACGUCUACUAAAUAUAAAGAAGAAUUCAAUUCAAUCAAAAAACGAGUUCCCAUCUGGAAUGUGGAGGCACCUCUCCUCAUUGCAAAUCCUUAAAAUUGAUGCCACUCCCUCUGUAUACUUUGGUCCGGAGUUCCGAUUACUGACGUCACUUACAACGCUAGACGUCUCGGGUGUGACGGGAUUUUGCAAUAUAAAGGUUAUAAGAGAUAAUUUCUUUGAAAAUAUGCCGCAUUUAGAAGUCAUCGACGUAUCUUCGUGUGAUCUUAGAAGCUUUGCAGCAGGGGCUCUGACAAGUCAAACAAACAUGACAGUACUUGACAUUUCGUACAAUGAAGAACUUACUUUUGAUAGUUUUGCAAAUAUAACGUACGACUUACAGUUUUCCAAUAUAAAGGUUUUCAAAGCCAACAAAAUCCAUUGUAGUUUUGGAAUUGGUAGUAUGAUAAAAGUCCGUGAUAUUAUGCACUUUCGAAACACGUCUCUUGAGGAAGUUUACCUAGAUGAUAACAGACUAGCUUUAGUUGAGAAACACGUUCUAACGUACCUUCCGACCAGCCUUAGAAUUGUAUCCAUAGCGAAAAAUAGAAUGGUCAUAGGUCCUUACUUACUGGACAUCAUAACUUUAUCAGGCGUGGAAACAUUCGAUAUGUCCUUUCAGUACUACUCCCAUGAGUUCCGUGAUGCCACAGAAGUGUUUUCUUGUCACAAUCCAAUACGGCCAUACGAGAAUGUAGUGGAAAUAAUGACACCCAAACAAAAAUUGCUCUCCAUGAAGUUUUCUGGAACAGACAACAAUGUAACGAUAACUCUGCCACGAAAUCUGACCAACGUAAACUUGAGUAGAUGCAGUAUACGAUUAAACAUUUUUCGCAUUGUCGUCAGGCCAUCCAAUCAAGUGUCGCGUAUGGACGUAUCACAGAACAUCAUUCCAAGCUUUGUAGGACCUGUCGUGGGCCUUAACCAGGUGAAAUACGUGGACUUGUCGCAGUGUCUUUGCUCCUCAAUUACGCCAUAUUUCUUUGAUUUCGCAAGCUCAUUGGAGAUCUUAAAACUGGGUUCUAAUCGUCUCGGUUUCAGCUUAAAAGAUGACGUGAACGGAGCCAUUUUUAAAAAACUUGUAAAUCUGCAGGAGUUGGAUCUAUCAGAUAACCGAAUACAAGAAUUACCGGCCAAAAUAUUCAAAAACUUGCGAAGUAUUCGGAGAAUCAAAUUGAAUUCCAACUAUCUCACAGAAUGGAACGUAGAUAUCAAUCACAUGCUGAAUUUAAGUGUAAUAGAUCUCUCAGAAAACCUUUUAAGCAAGCUCAGUCAUCAUGCAACUCAAUCUUUUUCAAAUCUUUUAAAAAGAAAUAAAUCUUCUCAAAUUUUACUGGGAAAUAAUUCUUUCGUUUGUACAUGUGAUUCAGUGCCAUUCAUUCAGUGGUCUUCCAAACAACGCAGUCAUAUAUUGGAUUUUCAUCACAUGCGAUGUAAGCUGGAUAACGGGACGAUCGUUGGGUUUCGAGACAUAGAAUUUGUGUUACAAUUCCUUGACUUUCACUGUAGAGAUUAUAAGCUGGUCAUAUUCAUAGCUAUAUCUGUUAUAAUUGUCUUCCUCAUUGUAACGGUUACCGGUUUGAUUUACCGGUACCGAUGGAAACUGCGCUACUUGUUCUACAUGACAAGGAAUAAGUUCCGAUUGUACAGUCCUAUCAGUCAGGACACCUACAUGUUCGAUGCCUUCAUAUCCUAUGCAGAAGAAGACAGUGCCUUCGCUAUCCACGAGUCCAUUUCCCAGCUAGAGGACGCUAGGGGGCUAAAACUAUGUCUCAGUAACCGAGACUUCCGGCCGGGGACGGAAAUUGCUGCCAACAUUACAGAAGCCAUCAGCAAAAGUCGUAAAACGAUUAUAAUUCUUUCUAAUCAUUUUCUAAACUCUUAUUGGUGCAUGUUCGAGUUUAAUAUGGCCCGAAUGGAGAGUAUCUAUACCCGAAAUGGAAAUGACGUCAUGUUUUUGAUAAUGUAUCGACAAGUGUCUGCAAAAACAUUGCCAUUAUCGAUGUUAGCGUUGGUAGAAAGUCGAUCAUAUAUUGAAUAUCCUGACGAUCCCAGGGCAAACGUUGUUUUCUGGGAUAAAGUUGCAGAGACCUGUGUACAACCAGCAAGACUAUGAUGAACAAGAACAACUAAAAUUAUUGUUUGCUCCUAUUGAUUUAAUGCUAAAUUUGGACUUCUGUAAAAAUAAUCUGCUUCGUAAUUUACAUAGAUAUGACCAUUUGUUAUCUGAAAUAAAUAUGACUAGCAUAA